CCCGCCAUCCGCAGCCCGCGCCUUUUGCUGGUUCUCGUCUUUCGGCGAGCGAUUAACAACGGAAUUGGAACGGGCUGCCGUGCGCGACGAGGUUGUUUAGUUACUCCUCGCUGCUGCGCGUCUGUCACGGGAUGGAGAGGGCAGAGAGAACGUGGUUAUUACUGGGCGCCUGAUGGGGACGCGGAGUCAAUUCUUCCCGUAUGAGCUAUCGGGAAUCAGUCCGACCAACAUGCUGUAUUUACUACCAAUAGAUGACCAUUAAUUGAAUACCAAUAUCAUAUCUGUUCUGCAUAGUUAGAAGUUAUUGUAGCGUUACGUAAGCCCUGACUACACCACUACGACUAAUUCUGAAUCAGCACCUCUUCCUCAGUCAUUCCACCUUCGAGCUCAGCACACAGACAGCAGAGCCCGCAGCAGAGCAGCAACCGCUGGCUCGAAUACAAACAAACAAACAGCAAAAGAUGCUGCGGUAUCAUUGCCGCGCCUCUCUUCGCAGCGGCCCUCAGGCGCGUCUGCUGCUUUCGAUAUCAAAGCCCUCGCUCGUCCGCUGCUCGCAACCUCUUCUCGUCCGCACCCACACCCACUCCCCACACCACAACCACGACGAUGACUCUCAUUCUCAUGCCCAUUCACACUCUGCUUCUUCCUCUCAUUCUCCUCCUUCUUCCUCUACACCAAAACCAGCAGACAGCCCCGUCGACCACAACCAUUCGCAUUCGCUCUUCCAUUCCCAUACCCAUUCACACGAUCCCUCUCUCCUGAUCUCCACAGAUCCCACAGACCCUGCAGUGAAAAUCACCCGCGUCGGCCUUUUUGUCAACAUUGGAAUGGCCGUCGUCAAAGGCACCGGUGGAUAUCUCUUCAACUCAAAGUCUCUCAUGGCCGACGCCGUCCACGCGCUCUCUGACCUCCUCUCCGACUUCCUCACCCUCGCAACCGUCCGCGUCGCGCUCAGGAAACCUACCCACGCAUUCCCCAACGGCUUUGGAAAAGUCGAAGCUCUUGGGUCUUUGGGCGUCUCGGCAAUGCUCGUCAUCGCCGGUCUCGGUAUCGGCGUUAACGGUGUCGAGACCCUGUACUCCCACGCCUUUGAAGUCGAGUCUCUGGCCGACGCCGCCGCUACCGUCGCCGCCGAUGCCCAUAACCACCCCGAAGGCAUUUUGCAUUCCCUUUUCAGCCACUCGCACUCUCAUGGCCCUCCUGACGUCAACGCUGCCUGGCUAGCAGCUGGCUCCAUUGUCAUCAAAGAAUGGCUUUUCCAAGCGACGAUGAAAGUCGCCAAAGAGAAGCAGUCUACCGUUCUUGCUGCCAACGCCUGGCACCACAGAGUUGACUGCCUCACAUCCAUCGUUGCCAUAUUAGCAAUCACCGGAUCCCAUUUCUUGCACCUCGAUUGGCUGGACCCCGUCGGCGGUGUCUUGGUAUCCGGUGCUAUCCUUCAAGCAGGCUUAAUUUCUGGCAGACAGGCCCUCCUCGAAUUAGCCGACCAUGGGCUUCCCGAAGAGAAACUCGACCAGAUCAAACAAGCCGCCGAGCGCGUGGCAUCUGCUGCUUCGUUCACCUCUGAGUCACCUGUCACCGUUCAAGUCCUUGACGUCCGAGGAACAAAAUCUGGACCUGUCUUGAGCUCGACCGUGGACGUGCGUAUCUCCGGUGCCAACGGUGCUUCGGUCUCACUCAUCGAAGCCAACCGGAUCGCAAAGGACAUCAAGGCCGCCGUCGCCCAGGAUGUUAUGGGAAUCAGAUCAGUCGUCGUCAGAACUUUUGACGAACAUGAACAAGACGUCAGUAGUUGGAUUGACAUUGAUAAGAAACUAUAGUAUUAGAACAAGGGUUGGAAAAUUUUAUUCGUAUUUUAUAUAAUCAUACACUCAAAAGCAAUCAU